UACUACGGAAUAUUUUCAUAUAUUUACAAAGGAAGUGCAAGUAAACAAUCUAACACGCGAUAUAUUAAAAAAGUGCCGAUGCAUAGAACGAGGUGUAAAGCGACAGAUGAAUGUUAAACUUACGUGGUCAUCGACAGACAAUGACACUAUAAUGAAGGAAAUUCUUUGCAACGCUUUGACGUGGAACGAUGUAACUUCGUCGGAGGUGGAACAAGUUGAACAUGUUGAAGAAUCAUCAUCCACGAGGAAAGUUAACUUUUCCGCGGCUGCUACAUCGCGACGGAAUAGCGCGAGAGUCGUCGUCACCUCUCGCGCAGCUUCGCAGGUGAAGAAGAAGGAGAAGAUAUUCUGCGACAUUUGCAAGAUUACCUUCGGCACGCGGGGAACGAAGUAUAGGAAGCACAUGCUGAAGCACAGUAGCCAUUAUCCCUUUCAAUGCGAUAUUUGCAAGAAGAAGUUCAAACACAAGAUCAACAUGAAUAGGCACAAGAUGAAGGUCCACGGAGAAGCGCCGUUGUACAGCUGCCAGUAUUGCGAUUUCUCCACAAUACACUGCUCUUACCUACAGGUGCACUUCACUCGCAAGCACACCGAUGACUUCCAUUUCUCGUGCGACAAAUGCGACCGGAAAUUCCGCAUCAAGGCUGACUACACCAAGCACCUGAUCACGCACGAGGGCGACCCGUGCAUCUGCGACGUGUGCGGCAGCGCGUUGGCCAACAAGAUGUCCCUCUACUUCCACAAGAACUACAAGCACCGGGUGAAGGAUGCGAAGUUCCAGUGCCCGGUAUGCAAGAAGAAGCUGCAGACGCAGAAAAACCUUGACAGCCACGUGCAGCAGCACGAGCAGAGGUACAUGUGCGAGGAGUGCGGCCUGGAGCUGACGCGCAAGUCCUCCCUGAAGAAGCACAUCAAAACGCACUCGGGCGAGAAGCCGUACCUCUGCCAUAUCUGUGGCAAGGGCUUCGCGAACCCAACCGGCCGCAAGGUCCACCUCCUCACGCACUCGGAGGUGCGUCCGUACAUUUGCACGAUAUGCGGCCAGAGCUUCACGCAGCGUCCCGCCUUGUCCGUUCAUUGGAAGAAGAAACAUCCGGACGUCACAGACGCCCCGCCGCCCGUGUCGAUCAAGAAUAUUAUCGCGUCUAUUACGCACAACAGUGGAAAGACACAAUAGAUACCUGUCUUUUAUGUUUACAAAAUUGGAAGUGCAAAUAAUCUAGCGAGUACACCCUGAUGGAAAGAUUCUUACGAGAGCAACGCACUUGGUGUGUAAGAGUGAUUUUUUUCUUUCUUCUAUGUCAUGAAACAUGACAAUUUAUUCUUUAUUAUUUGUCAUGCGUGGCAUGAUUUUUAAUUUUCUUGUGAUUGUCUCUGUAUGGAGCGAAUGUGGCUGUGUAUCGACAAAUACAUACGCGAGACAUUAAAUGUAAAAAGAAUGUGAAAUAUAUAUUAAUGAACGAGAGAUAUAAAAACAUAAUAAUUACCUCUGUAUGUGCUGUUUAAUAAUCUGUAUUUAUUUUUCAGCGCCUCUUUCUCCUGAGAGUUAAUAAAAUGUGUUGUUACUGUCUCCUCAUUUAGCGACUGCACGAUUGAAGAAUCAUGUAUCUAUGUAUUUGUCUGGACAUGACCCAUGAUGUGGUAAUUUUUAUAUAUUGACGUCUAUAAUUC